UCCUUAGCAAAACUUUAAGCAUUGGGUUCUUCUUUUUUGGAAAAUCAAUUAGCGCCGGUCCAUUUGUUUAUUUUCAUGCUUGCUAAAAAAGAAGUGAAUUUUACUUUACUAGACCAGAUCCGGUGAUGUUCGCUGCCCUCUCUGUAUAUUUUACAUCUCCGUCUCUUGGUUCGUAUGUAUCAAUCGAUUCUUCUUUGGAUUUUCUAAAAGAUUGAACUUUCGAAAUUUUUUUUUUUUUGAAAAUUUUCUAGGGUUCCUAAGAGGCCGGAGCUUUUUUUUUUUUGGGGGGUGGGGGUGGAUGAUGGAAGGUGGAAGGUGGUGAGUUAGGGGUUUAUAUUGUUUUAGUGGAGGGUUUGGUGCAUGAGGAUUUAGUGCUGCCUUUGGUUUAUCGACGACGAAGAAGACAACCAUGAAGGGUUUUUGGCAAAUGCUGACGACAUUGAGGAGAAUAUUGUAAAUGACGGCGAUGAAGAAGCUCCCGCCAGUGUCACCGUCGCCCCAGAUCGAUUUGCAUUCUCCCUAAACAGAACACUUACUAGUCGACGACACAGAGACGAGACAUUCCUGUUGUUUGAAGAAAUGUCCGCCGCCAUGAGGUGCGGUGGCAAUUGGGUUGAUGCUAAGUGGCUCCCAUUGGUUGGCUGCUCGCGUCCUUCCCAGGGUGAGACUAGCGCCUCCGCUUCAACUGCCGUUGAAGAUUCUGACUACCAUGAUUCGCACCAUAAACGAGCCAAAGUCUACACUGUUUAUCACGAGAGCACCUCUUACUCAUUAGCACCGAGAGAGUAUAAUAAUAACCAAUGCUCAUCGAUUUCAUCCAAUAAAGGGGUAUUUUAUCACAAUUUCAUGUUGAAUAGUGGGAGUGAUGGGCAUCGUUUUGAUGGUAAUGGUGGGAAAGAUGAGGAAAAUGAGGGUGAUUUGAGAGCUGAAGAUUCUGAAAUUCGAAUGGAUCUGACUGACGAUUUAUUGCAUAUGGUGUUCUCGUUCUUGGAUCAUCGUAAUCUUUGCAACUCAGCCAUGGUUUGUAGGCAGUGGCGAUCUGCUAGUGCUCAUGAGGAUUUUUGGAGGUGUUUGAACUUUGAAAACCGGAGUAUAUCUCUUGAAAAAUUUGAGGACAUGUGUCAACGAUAUCCUAAUGCCACUGAAGUGAAUCUGAGUGGAACUCCAAUUAGCCACCUUCUUGUUAUGAAAGCUGUCUAUUUGUUACGAAAUCUGGAGGCUUUAACAUUGGGAAAAGGCCAACUAGGUGAUGCUUUUUUCCAUGCGUUGACCGAGUGUAGUAUGUUGAGGAGUUUGGAUGUGAAUGAUGCUAUUCUUGGUGAUGGUGUUCAAGAGAUACUUAUUAACCAUGAUCGAUUAUGUGAUCUGAAAUUAACUAAAUGCCGUGUGAUGCAUAUAUCCAUCAGGUGCCCACUACUAAAAAGUUUGUCUUUGAAACGCAGUAAUAUGGCACAGGCGGCCCUUAAUUGUCCUCUUUUAAAUCUGCUUGAUAUAAGUGCUUGCCACAAACUUACAGAUGCAGCAAUCCGUUUGAUAGUGACUUCUUGCCCCCAAUUAGAGUCUUUAGACAUGUUAAAUUGUUCUUGUGUUAGCGAUGAAACAUUGCGGGAAAUAGCUCUCACUUGCUCUAAUCUCCAUGUUCUGAAUUUGUCAUAUUGUCCUAACAUAUCACUUGAGUCUGUAAGACUACCAAUGUUGAAGGUUCUUAAGCUUGACAACUGCGAGGGUAUCACUUUGGCUUCAAUGGCUGCAAUAGCUUAUAGUUAUAAGUUAGAGGAGUUGGAGCUUGAUAAUUGCCACAUGUUGACAUCAGUGUCAUUGGAUCUUCCUCGUUUGCAGAAAAUUCGACUGGUUCAUUGUCGAAAAUUUGCUGACUUGAAUUUACAAAGUUCCACGUUGUCAUCCAUAACACUGUCCAAUUGUGUCGCACUCCGUCGCAUUAACAUCAGUUCAAAUGCACUUCAAAAAUUAGCACUGCAGAAGACGGAAAAUUUGACAAUAUUGGCACUGCGGUGUCAAGGUUUGCAAGAAGUAGACCUCACAGAUUGUGCAUCUUUGACAGAUUCUAUUUGCGAUGUCUUUAGUGAUGGUGGUGGGUGCCCUAUGCUAAAAUCAUUGGUUCUGGAUAAUUGUGAGAGCUUGACAGCAUUGCAGCUCUCCAGUACAUCUUUAGUCAGUCUUUCGCUGGUUGGGUGUCGUGAUAUUACUACUCUUGAUCUUGCAUGUCCUUGUCUUGAGAAGAUUUGCUUAGAUGGUUGUGAUCAUCUGGAAAGAGCAUCAUUUUGUCCUGUGGCUCUCCGGUCGCUUAAUCUUGGAAUAUGCCCCAAAUUGAACACCCUCAGAAUCAAUGCUCCAGAUAUGGUGUCACUUGAGCUCAAAGGAUGUGGUGUCUUAUCUGACGCAUCCAUAAACUGUCCUCUACUAAAAUCUCUGGAUGCUUCCUUUUGCAGCCAACUUAAGGAUGAUUGCUUAUCUGCAACAACUGCUUCCUGCUCUCUAAUCAAGUCAUUAAUAUUGAUGUCUUGCCCGUCUAUUGGUUCUGACGGUCUUUACUCUCUGCGCUGGCUUCCAAAUUUAACAACACUUGGUUUGUCGUAUACCUUUUUGACAAAUUUGCAGCCAGUUUUUGUCUCUUGUUUUCAUCUUAAGGUGCUAAAGUUGCAAGCUUGCAAAUAUCUCUCUGACUCAUCAUUGGAACCUCUUUACAAGGAAGGUGCUUUGCGAGAACUCCAGGAUUUGGAUUUGUCAUAUAGUACCCUCUGCCAAUCUGCCAUAGAGGAGCUUCUUGCAUAUUGCACACACCUUACUCAUUUGAGCUUGAAUGGAUGUAUAAAUAUGCACGACUUGAAUUGGGGUUCUGCUGAUAGCCGAAUCGAGUUUCUUAGUGUACAUAAUGAAUCUACUAUGUUUUAUUUUGAGAACAUCAAUGAGCCAGUCAAGCAAGGGAACCGUUUACUGCAGAACCUGAACUGCGUAGGUUGUCCUAAUAUUAGGGAAGUGGUCAUCCCACCAGCAGCACGUUGUUUCCACAUGUCAUCCCUAAAUCUUUCUUUGUCAACCAAUUUAAAGGAAGUUAAUCUUGUUUGUUUGAGUUUGUCCUUUCUUAAUCUAAGCAAUUGUUGCUCUUUGGAAGUUUUGAAGCUAAGGUGUCCUAGACUGACUAGUCUCUUUCUUCAGUCUUGCAACAUUGAGGAAGAAGCAGUUGAAAGUGCUAUAUCACAGUGUAGCAUGCUGGAGACUCUGGAUGUUCGCUUUUGUCCGAAGAUUUGCUCAACGAGCAUGGGGAGGUUACGUGCAGUUUGUCCCAGUUUGAAGCGUAUUUUUAGUAGCUUAUCACCUGCAUGAUGUGAAUGUGAUGAAAGAAGUUUUAUUUCCCUUGGCAAGUGGAUAUCACCUCAAGUAAUUGGCAGCAACAACGGCCUGAAGGAAUUACAACGGGGGGAGGUUGGGAGCUGUCCCCACUGAAUUCCUAAACUACAUUGGGGUUGUAACAAGAUGUUGAGUAAAGUUUUGCUCCCCCCACAACAAAAGGAGUUAAUUAACUUGUUAUUUUUUAUUGUGUUAUUUAUCAUAAAAGAAGGCAAAAUAGUAGGCUAUGACUUGGCUUUGAAGCAACUCCAAAAAAUGGCAGUAUCAUUAUUGCUUGGGUCAACAAGAUAAUAAUUUAACGUACAA